AUGCAAAGGUUUCCCUCGCUCAACAUCAUUACUCACUCCUCUUCCCCUUUCUCCUUUCUUUCUUUCUUUCUUUCUUUCUUUCUUUCUUUCUAUCUAUCUAUCUAUCUAUCUAUCUAUGAUUUCUUUGACUUCUCACAUCGAUUUGUAGUAUUUGCAAACACUAGAAGAGAGUUGUACAAAGGACAUUAUUUACUUAUAUAUUCUUCUUACCAUAUCGUUCGGAACGCGGAAUCUAUCCGCAUAUUAAAUCUUUUGGGCGGAUUCUUUUUUUCUAAUUAUAUUUCUUUUGUUUUCUUUUUCUUCAUAUUUAAUUUCCUUUUACAUUCUCAUCCAUUUACUUUUUAUCAUUUUUUUUUAUUUUCCUUUGCUUCACACCUUUUACCAACUUUUCCCCUUUUUUACUUUAACUUUCUUUUCAUAUUUUCUUGUUUAUCUUUAUUUAAUGCUUCUUCUUUUUCUCUUUCUAUCAUGUCUUCUGCCUGCUUUUAUUCACUUUCCUUCUUUUUACCUAUUUCUUUUUUACAUUUCUUUCUUUCUUUUUUCCACGAUAUUAUUUCAACUUCUUUCGUUUCUUCAUUCCAUAUUUCUUCCUCACAUUUUUCUUUUUCGCACACGUAUAUUGAACCACGCAUACACGUAUUUAAGCAAACAUUUAACUUUAUUCAUAUUUCAAGAUACACUUACAUAUCUCAUCACAGAGAAUUCAAGCCGACACAGAUUUAA